AAAUAUAAAAUAAAAUUUGUUUAAAAAAAAAAUACAAAAUAAAAUCCUUUCAAUCUACCGUCGUGAUUAACCGCCACCGCCGUAUUUUUCUAGGGAACCCCUUUCGCUCUUCGCAUCUGCCUCACCGUGGCAGUCUCGCUCUCGACUCUCCGUCUCCGGUCUCCCUCUCCGUCUUCAGCUUCAGCCUUCAGUACUUGCCGCUCUCCUCAAUAUUUUGGGCAAGAUCCGCCACUGCUGACACCUCCACAAAAGUAAUGGAGAAACCACAAUACCUGGUGGACGAAAAUUUCCCACUCUUCAAACCAUCUCGCAAACCCUCCAUAAACCCUUCUUCAAAUAUCAAUAAACAUAAAGACACUGCAAUCCCUCAAAACAUCCCUAAAGAUACCGCCACAGCUUCCUUCUCAGAUCUCGGACUUUCAGAAUGGGCGGUGAAGACUUGCAAUGAGCUUAAAAUGCAGAAACCUCGCCGUGUUCAGCAACAUUGUAUCCCCAAGGUUCUGGAAGGCCGUCAUGUAAUUGGCAUCGACCACACUGGUAGCGGUAAAACAGUGGCGUUCGCGCUUCCUAUUCUCCAGCGUCUUGCUGAGCAUCCAUUUGGUGUUUUUGCUCUGGUGCUGACGCCCACGCACGAGCUUGCAUUUCAACUAGAUGAGCAGUUUCGUGCCCUUGGUUCCUCGUUCCACCUCCGCACUUCGGUGGUUGUUGGAGGACGCAUAGAUACGGUUGAACAGGCUAAAGAGUUGCUAGCCAGACCUCACAUCGUUAUCGCUACUCCUGGGAGGAUCAAGGUCUUGCUCGAGGAUAAUCAAAUUGCUCGUGUUUUCUCUAGGACUAAGUUUCUUGUCUUGGAUGAAGCAGACCGACUCCUAGAUGUUGGUUUUCAGGAGGAAUUGAAAUUUAUCUUUCAGUGCUUACCAGAAAACCGGCAAAACCUGUUCUUUUCUGCAACCACAACGAGUAAUCUGCAAAAGUUGUGUACGCGUUACCAAGAUAAGCUGUAUGCAUUUCAGGCUUAUGAAGGGUUUAAAACAGUCGAAAAGCUUACUCAACAAGUUAUAUUCAUCCCUAAAAAUGUGAAGGACGUAUAUUUGUUAUACAUCUUGUCUAAAACGAAAGAAAUGGGUAUUCGAUCUGCCAUUGUAUUUGUCAACACAUGCAGAGACUGUCAUCGUUUAAAUUUAAUGUUACAAGUGCUUGAUCAAGACGCUGCAGCUCUAUAUUCAUUCAGAUCACGGGCUCAGAGGCUCGAAGCACUUUAUGAAUUUAAAUCAGGAAAGGUUCCUAUAUUACUAGCAACUGAUGUUGCCGGCCGUGGUUUGGAUAUUCCUACAGUUGACCUUGUUAUCAAUUAUGAUGUUCCGAGGCUUCCACAAGAUUAUAUCCAUCGUGUAGGUCGUACUGCAAGAGCAGGUAGAGGGGGACUCGCUUUGAGCCUUGUCACGCAGAAUGAUAUUGAUCUCAUUGGUAAAAUAGAGGGCCUUAUUGAAAAGAAUCUUGAAAAGAUUGAAUAUAAAGAAACUGAGGUGCUUUCUCUGAUGAAAAAGGUUUUUAGUGCUAAGAAUGUUGCAGAAAUGAAGAUGAUUGAUGAUGGUUUUGAUGAGAAAGCGAAAGAGCGGAAAAAACAGAAACUGAAAAUGCUAGCAGAGAAAGGAUUAUUAAAGGAAACAAGUAAGAAGAGAAAAAGAAGAAAAGGAUUUGCAGAGAAAGGAAAAAAAACAGGAAAAAGUGGAAGUGGAGGCAUUAGGAUAUACUCCUGUAAUGAUAUGAUAGUUUCCUCUAAUCAUAGUAUUCAAAUUUUUUAGGGUGGAAGAUUUUGAUUUGGAGUAAUCUUGAGACUAAUCCCUCAAAUAACUUAUGCAAAUGGUGUGCAAUUUUGUGUAUCACAAGAUAUACUAACAUUUUAUCUUAGGAGUUGAAUUCAUUGUAGAUGUAAUAGUCCAACUUGAGACAAGAAAUACAAAUUUUGACUUGGUAAAUUAUUAGCAUUGUUUUCUCCUUGGAUUCUAUAUAAUGUUUUCUUUUUCA